CACACAAACUCUUACUUCUCUUCUUCCUUAAUUUCAUCUCCUCCUCUAGGGCUAGAGAGAGAGAGAGAGAGAGAGAUGGCAAUUGGGGAAUGUGUAGAUGUUGAAAAUGGUGAAGUUAAUGGCCUUGAAGAGUUGCAAGAGCCUUUCAUCCAGCAAGACAAAAUAGUUUCCAAUGAAUCUGAUCAUAAGAGCGUUGAAAGCGGAUCCAUUGGGACCGUUUUGCUUAGCACAUUUGUUGCUGUUUGUGGAUCUUUCGAAUUUGGAUCUUGUGUGGGCUAUUCAGCACCCACUCAAUCUGCUAUCAGGGAAGAUCUUAAACUCUCUCUGGCCGAGUACUCCAUGUUUGGCUCCAUAUUAACUAUCGGUGCAAUGCUCGGUGCCAUCACAAGCGGUCGAGUUGCCGACUUUAUUGGUCGAAAAGGGGCAAUGAGGAUUUCAGCUGGUUUCUGCAUUGUAGGAUGGCUUGCUAUAUAUUUCUCCACGGGAGCUUUUCCACUUGACAUGGGAAGGCUAUUCACAGGAUACGGAAUUGGAGUUUUCUCUUAUGUGGUGCCAAUUUUUAUUGCUGAAAUAGCUCCAAAGAAUCUCCGUGGAGGGCUCACAACAUUGAAUCAGCUCAUGAUUGUCAUUGGAUCGUCAGUAGCAUUCUUAAUAGGAACACUCAUAACAUGGAGAACACUUGCUCUGACUGGACUUGUGCCAUGCAUUUUCCUGCUUGUCGGUCUAUGCUUUGUCCCGGAGUCUCCCAGAUGGCUGGCAAAGGUUGGCCAUCAAAAAGAAUUUCAAGCUGCACUAAAAAGACUUCGUGGCAAAAAUGCUGAUAUUACCUGUGAAGCUGCAGAAAUUCAGGAUUACAUUGAAACUCUAAAGAGCCUUCCAAAAGCUAAACUGAUGGAUUUGUUCCAAAGCAAACAUAUUCGAUCCGUGAUUAUUGGGAUUGGAUUGAUGAUAUGUCAACAAUUUGUAGGAAUAAAUGGAAUAGGUUUCUAUGCAAGUGAAACCUUUGCAUCAGCUGGACUUUCUUCAGGAAAAAUUGGAACUAUAGCUUAUGCUUGUGUUCAGGUUCCAAUAACUUUAGUGGGAGCAAUAUUAAUGGACAAAUCUGGAAGAAGGCCACUUAUAAUGACUUCUGCAACCGGGACAUUUCUAGGCUGCUUUUUAGCAGGAACUUCAUUCAUUCUUAAGAGCCACAGCUUGUUGCUGGAGUGGGUACCAAUAUUUGCUGUUGCUGGAGUGCUGAUUUACAUAGCAUCUUUCUCUAUUGGAUUGGGAUCAGUCCCUUGGUUGAUCAUGUCUGAGAUUUUCCCAAUAAAUGUGAAGGGGGCUGCUGGGAGUUUGGUGGUGCUGGUGAAUUGGUUGGGUGCUUGGGCAAUUUCCUAUACCUUCAACUUUCUUAUGAGUUGGAGUGCUUCAGGCACCUUUUUCAUCUACUCUGCAUUCUCUGUGAUGACUGUUCUAUUUGUGGCAAAGUUAGUCCCAGAAACCAAAGGAAAAACACUUGAAGAAAUUCAGGCAUGCAUCAACUCAUAGGAGGCUACAAAAUAUUUGAUUUUUGUGAUCUUUGCUCAAGUAUCAUCACUAUUUGGAGUUGAAAAAUUCAAGUCUGACCAGCAAGAAAGAUAAUAAACUAUCUAUUUUUAUUUAUUGUGUACCAAAUUCUUUGGCCACCAAAUAGGUGAAAUUUAUGGCCAAAUGAAGGAUUAUUAGAUGAGACGGCAAUUACAUGUGGGUUAGAGAAAAGAUGGCAGAGCCUGUGAUUGUCAAUUGUGAGAAGUACACAAAUGUAUGAAGAAAACUGGGAUUACUACUUUAAAUGAGUAUAUGAAGAGAAUUUUCUGUCA